CCACAGGAGUUCAUUAGACUGGGCAGUCUUAGUAAGUUGUCUGGAAAAGGUUUACAGCAACGGAUGUUUUUUCUGUUUAACGAUAUCUUGCUGUACACAAGUAGAGGCCUGACAGCAUCGAAUCAGUUUAAAGUCCACGGGCAUCUUCCGCUGUAUGGCAUGACAAUAGAAGAAAGUGAAGAGGAAUGGGGGGUUCCUCAUUGUCUAACACUACGAGGUCAACACCAGUCCAUCGUUGUUGCUGCAAGUGCCCGCGCUGAAAUGGACAAAUGGACUGAGGACAUUCAGAUGGCGAUAGACCUGGCAGAGAAAAGCAGUGGCCCUGCCCCAGAGUUACUGGCCAGCAGCCCGCCUGACAAUAAGUCUCCUGACGAAACUACUGUAGACCAGGAAUCUGAGGACGACCUCAGUGCAUCCCGCACCUCACUCGAACGUCAGUCACCACACCGUGGCAACACUACGGUGCACGUCUGCUGGCACAGAAAUACCAGUGUUUCAAUGAUCGACUUUAGUAUUGCUGUGGAGAACCAGCUGUCUGGAAAUCUCCUAAGAAAAUUCAAAAACAGCAACGGGUGGCAGAAGCUUUGGGUGGUGUUCACCAACUUCUGUAUGUUCUUCUAUAAAUCGCACCAGGACAAUCAUCCUUUAGCCAGCCUUCCUUUAUUAGGAUAUUCACUUACCAUUCCUUCUGAAUCUGAAAACAUUCACAAAGAUUAUGUGUUCAAGCUACAUUUCAAGUCCCACGUGUACUACUUCAGGGCUGAAAGUGAAUACACAUUUGAAAGAUGGAUGGAAGUGAUCCGAAGUGCCACCAGCUCUGCCUCACGCACUCGGGCUCUGAGUCACAAAGAGCCUCAUGCCUAUUGACGGCUGAACAAGCCGCCCUGUUGAUUGUCCAGCAGCUGCUGAUUUUUCUAGAGGACACUUGAAACUCUUUUUUCUCCCUCCAAGUUUAGGAAAACUUACAAUUUGGUAAAAGAAAAGAGAGAAGGGAAAAAAAAAAAAAAGUAGUAUGGUUUUGCAGAAACUUUCACAAUUCCUCAGCAAAACCGUUUAAGUUCUCUGUAUGUUCAAACUAGUUACCAUCAUCCCAGUGGCUGCAGUUCGUUUCAUGUCUUGUAUUUUGUCAUUCUGUGCUGUUUUUAGCUUGUGCCAGUAUUAAAAUAUUGUCCUUAUUAGAGUGCCAAAUGCCAAAAGACAUUUUCUUGCCUCAAAGAUUGCACCUAAAAGGCGAUUUCACAAUCUGAAAACUUUCUCCUCUGAGGCAAAAACUAUUUCUUCUCUUUUCAUAAAAAUAUAUAUUUUUUUUUUACCAUGUUAAUCUGUAGACUGCUGGAUUUUUAAAUGUAGAUGGACUUUCACAGUAUAGAAUAUAAUUAUAUAUACAGCAAGCAGUCUAACAGGAAUAAGGUAACUUUCAGAUUUCAUUUUUUUCCGCCCCAGUCUUUCUACAUUUAAUCAGCAAGGAAUUACUAAUUUUCUGUCUUUAACAAGGAAACAGUUUACAGCUUGUUCUCAUUGCCCUUUGGGGUUACAAAUCCAUGUGGUAUAAUAUAAAGUAUAGGAUUCUUACCUAACCAUUUUCUUGGUGCAAGUUGACCAAAUUAUUCAUCUGUUGGCUUUGAAAAGUGAAUACUACUUGCAAGAUGAAAAAAUUUUAAAAUAAUCCAGUGCAAUAUUAUUUGGGCUGUUAAUGUACUGUGAAUGGUAUGUACAAGAAGAAAUUAAAGGCUGUGGUGACA